GUUUUCGUUCGCAAUUGCAAUUGUUGCAAAAAUCCGAACAUUUUGCAGUUCUUCUGAGGCGAAUCAUGUAAAUUGUUGUUGCUGAACUAACGGCGCUACAGUGGCAGGAAAAAGAACCGAUAGCAGCAACAAUAUGGCCAGCGCGAGUGAUAGUUCCGACGAAUUUUUCGACGCAGAAGAAGACAACGCCAACGCUACUACUAGUCACCAUCACCACAAUCUGCUGCGGAACUCCUCGAGCACCUCGACUGGCAGUGGCAAAAAACAACGUUCAUCGAAAACGAACAACACUGACGAAGAGUUACCGUAUACGGACACAAGGGAAAAGUUAAGCGUGGACAGCUUCAAUCCGAAUCUGCAAACUACUCAGCGGGAGCCGCAACAAGCACCGCCGACCCAGCAGCAGCCCCAUGUACCGAUCCAGCACAGGAACGAGUCUAAUUUUGUCGAACCGAAGACGUUUGGUAGACAGCGAUUCCGUGAACUGCGUCAAUGCAUGCAGAAUGACGAAGAUGAGAAUCCUGGCAACACACUAACACCUGACUCGCAGAAUAGUUCCGUCGAAGGUGUCUACUCAUCGUCCACGCGUACAACGCAUCCUUUCCGAGUAAUCGAAGGUGACGCGCUCAGCGUUCAAAGCAUGACUUCACUGGGCAGAGUUGGAAGAAUCCUGGCGGGAAGUGCCAGCGUUGAUGCAAGCGCACUGAGCCUAGGUAAAGAUUCGUUGUACGUCGGAACUUCGGUCUCGUCGGCUCCACAGUCUCUGGCAGCAGUACCAUCGUCGUCAUCCAGAGACACACAACUCAGUGGAAGCUCGUCUAUUCCGUCUAGCAGUGGUGCCAUUGGGGAAACGGGCGAGGAUAAUUUCAGCACAAAUAAGUACAGUUCCAACGAGGAGGUAGGACUGCACCAGGAGAAUGCCUCUUCCAGUGGAAAUGUCAGCGAUUAUCGAAUGAAUAUGAACGUCCCUCUGCAAGAACCAGAUGUAAUUGCGAGCACCAAACUUGCACACUCGAAAACGACUGAUAGUUUAACGUGUUCCGGUCCGAUCGCACCACCGCGAAGAAAAAAGAAAACCCGCAAACUGUCCAGCAGUUCGUCGGAGCAGUUCAACAUGAACGAAGGGCUGAAGCUACCGCCUGCGGAUAAUUCUUCCAACGAGCUUACGGUGAAGCUGCCAUCUUCGCAGGUGCCAGUGCUCUGUGCUGCCACGGUGCGCAGUUCCGAGCCGGAAACGGUACAGGUGCUACCAAGUCCCGCUACACUGGAAUCGAUAACACGAGAGAUUGAAAGUUCGUUUAAGGAUGCUGCCAGUGCUAUCUCCAACGGAAGCCCGGCCAUAAGUGGAAUAAGUGACGUCAGUGGCGAACAGCCACGGAAACUAAUGACCAGCUCGAUCGGAAGAAUUUCGAACUCAUUGGGUAAUUCAUCCAAUUCGGUCAACUCUAAGCCUAGUCCAUCGAAUAGCGUCAAAAGUAACUCAGCACCGGCUCGGGUCAGUUCAAUAGAUCCUUCCCAGGGAUUGAACAUCUACAAGGCAACUAAAGGGCAGUAUGUUGUAAAACCCACGGAUGGGGCAUUUAAUAAAGCACAAGGACCCUCACGGGAGGAGAUUGAAAGAGUGGAAAAAAUGCGGCAGGAGAUUAUGGGAAAUACAGCCGUCACGCGAGCUUUGUCCGGCACUGGAACUAAUAGCCUGGGUAGUGGCACAAGAUACAGUUCUUCGCUGGCAAAACACAUGAAUUUGAAAGAACGCCGAAAGUCCGCCGGUGAUGAGGAUAUGUUUAAACAAAUGAAUAUCUAUGUUAAAACCAGAACAGACUCCGGCAAACAGUUGACUGAUAUGGAGAUUUUAGAACAAAUUCCUGUUAAGAAUUUGGAUACUGGGGAAAAUUUCCCGCUCUCUGCAGUGGAGGAAAAGCUGCCUCAAUGCAUCAAUCCACUGUCUUUGCACAUCAUGAGGUUAACCAGUCAUAUUCCGGAGUCGGAUGAGGAGUCCGUUGGUCCGCCGCCCGGUUCGGAAGUCCCCCCAGGUUACGAAGAAGAUCUUGAAAUCGAAGAAGAAGGUGGGCGGCUGAAGAAAAAAACUGCCAAAAUUAAGAGAUUUUUCCGAUCGACAGCUAGAAAGACGGUCGAUAAAGCAAAAUCGAUUGCUUCGGAAGUAUCGCACGCCCGGCACAAGGAAGACGUCGCCGACAUCGAAGAUGUCAUGAAUCCAGAGCAGAAUAUCAAAAUUAAAGCUUCUAGUACUAACAAGGGGCCGUAUGAAUUCGCAAAGCUUCAACACGUUCAAGAUCUAUCCGGCGAACAUACGGGGGCUGUUUGGUGCAUGAAAUUCAGCUCGUGUGGUCGUCUGUUGGCUACCGCCGGUCAGGAUCGGCUGCUUCGGAUUUGGGUUCUGAAGGACGCGUUCCCCUUUUUCCAGGAUAUGCGCACAAAAUACAAUGCAGCUGAUCAAAAAUCUUCCCCAACACCAUCGCAAGAAUCGCUGGUAUCACAUCAUUCGGCAGAGGAAGCACUUGCACUGGCGAUGGCUGCCGAAAAAUCUCCCGGCCCAUUUAUGCCGAAAUCGUUUUGCACCUAUUCUGGUCAUACGUCCGAUCUGUUGGAUGUUUCCUGGUCGAAGAACUAUUUCAUCCUAUCGAGCUCGAUGGACAAAACCGUACGAUUGUGGCACAUCUCGCGUAAAGAAUGUCUUUGCUGUUUCCAACAUAUCGACUUUGUGACGGCAAUUGCGUUUCAUCCACGGGACGACCGUUACUUUCUCAGUGGCAGUCUUGACGGGAAGCUACGGCUGUGGAAUAUCCCGGAUAAAAAGGUAGCCCUGUGGAAUGAGGUGGACGGUCAAACGAAACUGAUCACCGCGGCAAACUUCUGUCAGAACGGGAAGUUUGCCGUUGUUGGCUCGUACGACGGGAGGUGUCUGUUCUACAACACCGAUCAGCUGAAGUAUCACACGCAGAUCCAUGUGCGGUCGACUCGUGGGAAGAAUGCGAUUGGCCGGAAGAUAAGCGGCAUUGAACCGAUGCCUGGUGAGGACAAAAUUUUAGUAACAUCGAACGACAGUCGAAUACGGCUGUAUGACCUUAGAGACCUAAACCUGAGCUGUAAGUACAAGGGUUAUAUGAACGUAUCCUCACAGAUCAAGGCAUCCUUCUCUCACGAUGGAAAGUACAUUAUUUCCGGCUCCGAAAACCAGACCAUAUACAUCUGGAAGACGCACCACGAUUACACAAAACUGAGUUCGGUCAGGAGGGAUCGCAGUGAUUUCUGGGAGGGCAUAAAAGCCCACAACGCAACCGUGACGUGUGCAAUUUUUGCCCUACACCCCGAGGCAAUCAUCAAACCCGAGCUGGAUGAUGAAAUCAAUGCAGAUAAUAUCUCCAUAACGCAACCGGCGGAUCCACUGGUCGAACAACGCAAGAAGGGUUGCGGAGGGUACGUACUGGUGAGUGCCGACUUCAACGGUUGCAUCAAAGUGUUUAUCAACAAGACCAAGCCGAAGCACAGCAGCUUGCCAUAUACCGCCAUACUUGAUUGAACGAUGGUCCGUACGCAUGCAGAGGCGGUUUGUAUCUGGGAAGGGGGGAUAAUCCUGUGGACAGCAAGGUACGCAAAUGCUUUUCCGGUUCAAAACUAUUCGAACAAAACCAAAUUCGCUAUCGUAUUUGAUUGAGUCAGCUAUUAUAACCACUAACUGUGUUUAGAACAACGCUAACAAUGAACAAUUCAGAUGAUAGAAGAGCGCGCGCAUUAAAACCCGCACUUGCAAUUAUACUAGAGAGAGCGUUUUUGUUGCAACGUGAUUGUAGACUACAACAGUGACAUUUAGUGUGACAUAUUUUAAAACCAAUGCAACACCAAACAGCAGCGGUAGGAAGGCUUGAGAGAAUGAGCGACUAUAAUCUAACAACAUUGAUGACGAUUUUGAACAACAACCAAAGUGUUUAACAGGAGUUGGUGAAACGUUAUAUAGUACCUACAUAUAGUUUUUUUAACGACAUAAAUUUUGAACGUGUUGUCGCAUUUCAGUUAAAUUUUUUGAUGUUCACGCUCUGCGCCGUUGCUUUCACGUGGUUAGAAUUAGUUGUUCUAAACGAGCUGGUAUUAGAGCAGCACAUGAUAUUCAAACUUUUCCGUUGUUAAUCUCUUAGGCACCGCGCACGCACACUCACGCAAAAAAACCUGUAUGUAUGUAUAACUAUUUUCCACUACUUUUCUUAGCUGUGCUGAGUAUAAAUAGGGUAUUUUCGGUUGAUUUAAUGUGGCAUAGCGUGAUUUUCAAGGAAAUUCAGUUGCACGCUGCUUAGAUGUGAAAAUCACGUCCAGAGCAAUUUGAAAUUAAAGCAAAAUUGUGCUGCUAAAAAUACUUCGUCGCUGUUACACUGUAUAAAUUAUAAUGCGAAUGUUACCUAAUUUAUUAUUAUUGUAUAUAUUGGAACGAUGUAUUUGAAUAUCUUGAAGCUUCUUUUUGAGUAGA